AUGCCACAAUGCCACCUACCUGGGAGGGCCACUGCAUUCGGGGUGGCCAGGAAUGUCAACUCCACACCGGCCGAUGGGAAGAGCAGCUUCAUGAUGGAACAGGCCAUGGCUUGGGAGUUCCCCUCCAUCUUCCAGAAGGACCGCAUCCAGAAGCACUGCGUCUUGGGAUACAUCCCUGCAAAUACAGUCCU